UAUGCCCGAACAAAACUCACGGGACCCAACGGAAAAAUGGUGGACUGUGCUGAAGAGGAUUGUCGUGAUAACGCGGAAGUAGAUGUCACAGAAAACAUGGAUAACAAUCAACCGAACGGUGAACUAGUUCCGAGAACUGAACAAAAUAAUGACGAGACAAAUGCAAAUGCAGAAAAUGAUGAGCAAAGGAGGAAGGCUCAGCCGUCACGCUUAGAAUCAUUGUUUGCCGUAACAAAAUCAUUAAUCAUACGAGCCCUAAUAAUUUAUUUUAUUAGUAGCUUCUUUAGACGUCCUGAUAAUAAUCCCAAGUCUCCCAACACCGUUAGUGAUACACGCUUACAAGCUGUAAAUAUAUUUCCAAAUGGAACGUUAUUUGAUCUUAGUGUUUAUCUGUCGGAGUCUGAGAAAUUCAAGCAAUUUGACGAUCCACGAUCUUUAAUUUGGUUCGAAGAAGGACUGAUAUAUGGGGAUUGGUAUAGUGGAUCAAAUCAAGAUGGAUCCAGAGUUCUUGAAUACUCGUUUGCUCCCUCAGAACAUUUAAAACAAAAUGGUUCUAUCUAUCUUCAUGUUUACAUAACAAAAAGUGGAAAAUCACCAAAUCCCAAAGCUGGCAAAGGAGGUUACGCUGGCGACUAUAUAUCCUACUCAAGAAAGAUGUUGAACAAGUUCAAGAAAAUUAAAUAUCAGAAGAGACAUAAUUUGUUAACUGGUGAAAGUACAGCUAGUAAAGAAGAAAUAGCAAAAGCUGAAUUAAUGGAUCAAGAAUAUGUGUCGCACUGGCAUCCAAACUUGACUGUUAAUUUAGUUGUAGAUCAAACUAAUUGGAUGUAUGGUCAAGUACCACAGCCAUUGGAUGAAUAUAUACACUUCUUACCUGGUGGAAAUAUGUAUAAACCAAUAAUAUACACGAAUGACUUUUGGAAUAUGCAACGGGACUAUCAACCCUUAAAUAACACUAUAGAACAAUUAGAGCUUAGAUUGACUUAUCAGCCCAUUUCAUUAUUCAAGUGGCAAAUUUAUGCAGCUCAAUCUGUGAGAAAUAAAUGGACAUCGUCGCUUAUGGGAGAAGCAUCUGAUGAAGAUGAUAACGAUCAAGAUACCCUAAAAGAAACUUUACUUGAAACAAAUCCAUAUCUACUAGGAUUAACUAUAGCUGUGUCAAUUUUACACAGUGUAUUUGAAUUUUUAGCAUUUAAAAACGAUAUCCAAUUCUGGAAUAAUCGAAAAUCCUUGGAAGGUUUGUCUGUGCGCUCUGUAUUUUUCAAUGUAUUCCAAUCUCUCAUUGUUCUCCUUUACGUCCUGGAUAACGAAACGAAUACGGUCGUGCGCAUUAGUUGCGCAAUAGGUUUGUGUAUUGAAGUGUGGAAGAUUAACAAAGUUAUAGACAUUAAAGUUAAUAGAGAAGUGAGAAUACUUGGGAUCUUUCCAAAGAUAUCAUUCCAAGAUAAAGGGUCAUACGUGGAGUCUUCUACGAAAGAAUAUGAUAGACUUGCCUUCAAAUAUCUCUCAUGGGCUUUGUACCCUCUGUUAGGAGGAUACGCAAUUUAUUCUUUAAUGUACUUGGAGCAUAAAGGAUGGUAUUCUUGGAUUCUCAGCAUGUUGUAUGGAUUUCUAUUGACUUUUGGAUUCAUAAUGAUGACACCGCAGCUAUUUAUUAAUUACAAAUUGAAGAGUGUUGCGCAUCUUCCAUGGCGUAUGCUGUCCUACAAAUUCCUAAACACAUUCAUCGACGAUAUUUUUGCAUUUGUGAUAAAGAUGCCGACCUUGUAUAGGAUCGGUUGCUUCCGCGACGAUAUUGUUUUCUUCAUAUUUUUGUACCAAAGAUGGAUAUAUAAGACCGAUCAUACUAGAGUGAAUGAAUUCGGUUUCUCCGGAGAGAUGGAAGCGCAACUGGAGGAAGGCAAGAAACAGGCGGCCAUAAAAGAUCGCCCGAAAGACGAUCAAACGAAGAAGAAUGAAUAAUACUUGGUGUAUAGAUUUAGCGCAUCAAGUAUCCUACAUUGUCCCGAAUUAAUAAAUUGUCCGAUACCAAAGGAAUAUAAUUACA